CUUUAUUAGCUAACGAUCAAAGGAACUGUCUCUUUCGGCGUGGGUUUUGUUCUGUUCAAUGUGUUCAUACCACUGUGUGGGUAACGUUGGAAGGAGAGACGCGUAUGAUCUUAUAAAGUGUUAACAUAAUGUUUAGCAAAAAGAAAGUGUUUAACAUAAUGAUUGCGGCUAUUAGGUUUCAUACACAAGAUGGGCGACGAGUUAAUCAAUUUUUGGCUUCCCAAAGAAUUGCACCUAACCAUAUAAGUAUAAAAAUAAGAAGUGCUGGAGUUUGAAUUACUUUUAGAAUAUUUGGAUUCUUUUUGUAUGUAAAAAUUGGUUUAUGAGGGACGAGUUCGGGAAUCGGGUGCGGCUAGUAGUGGCCAAGAAUCUGAUACCAAUAUCUUUCCAAAGCUGCUGCUUUCUAUCGCAUCCCUCCAUUUUCAAACUGAUUCUUAAAGGUUCCUUUCGAUUAUUAGUAUUCGAAUAUUAUGCAUGCAUCUCCUUUUCUAUAUCUCUAGUGUGUUUACACCAUCCUCGAGCUCGAGUUAUAUAGACAAAGCUUUAUCUAACCAACUAGGCUAAUGAUUUUUUUUUAAUGUGAUUUUAGGUGGUUUCUACAUAUACAAGCUGGCGGGCAUCUAGUCUGGUUCAAUACUUCAUCUAUUUUCACAUGAACUUCUUUUAUAUAUAGUUCGAGUUAACUAUCUAUAUAACAUAUAUAGUAUAUCGUUUUGACAUGGUAUCAAGAGUUGGUGGUAUCAUUUUUUUUUGUCGACUGGAUAGAGUUGGUGGUAUCAAAUCCAAAAAAAAAAGACAUUUUAACUAGAAAUAUAUACAGUAAUCAGUAUGAACGAAGUUUGUCAUGUCUAAGUUAAGAAAAAAAUCAACUGAGGUUGGGCUAAUGUCCCGUGAAAGAUAAUUCUAAUACGGUGAAUCUGCAAUUCGAUUCCUGUGGACCACCAAAAAAUUUAUAAAUGUAGGCAUUUUUGGAGCCCAUAGCUUAAUCAGUUGAUUUCGCAAAGAAACUGUGAUUAACUCAAAAAAAAAAAGUUAAGAAAAGAAGGAAAAAGAAAAUUUACGGUAAAAAUGUGAAAGAAUAAGUCUAAUAUGGGCUUUCUAGUUAUUAUAUAAUAAUUUGCCAAAAUAUUCCACUUUUGCUUCAACUGAGUAGGAAGAAGCUGGGCUUGUCUGCCUACUGGCUAUGGUUUUUGUAUGGCUUUUUAUCUUAACUUUUCUGGGCCUGUAAGAGUAAUAUCCUCAAAAAGAACAAAAACCGCUAGAAGGAGGGGUCGAACCUCCGACCUUGUGGUUAACAGCCACACGCUCUAACCAACUGAGCUAUUCCAGCUUGAUUGGUCACAUAUGUCUAUAAACAAUUUAGUUUUAAUAGUUUAAGUAAAUUGAAUAUGGAGGGAAUGUCAUUUCACUCAAACCAGAGACUGAUCCAAAAUACAAAUGUCUAGAAAAACUCUUAUAAGUUAUAACUUCAAUCCAACGUCUUUUAUUCGUCUUCUCCAGAAAGUCAUUCCCUUUACUCUUUCCUCGAACCUUCUCUCUUCUCCCACAAACGUCUCCAAGAAUACGAUUCCCUACGUACUCACACAGGCUCAAGCGCUCCGUCGCUCCCCGCUCCUUACGUCAUCGAGAAAGAUCCCAUUUCGCUUGAUUUAGAGACUGUCUCUACGCUCAUUGAAUCAAUGAAACUGGUGAAAGCUUUGGCUUUGGUUGAAGGUAUUGGUCAAAGGAGGGUUCGUUGAUGCAAGUGAGAGAAAUCUCAGGAGAUGAAGAUUUUGGGUAUAAGAAAGCAUUCACGGAGGGAGAUUCACAAGAAGCUGAGAACAAAAGUUUUCAGGACAGAAGGACAAAAGAUAUUGAUUGUCUCUAGAUAGUGUUUUGACACGUGGCAUUGCUAAUAUGAGGAGCAACUUGAUUAGGAAAAAGUUUUUAGUUAAAAAAGAUUGGCUUUUAUUAAAGGAGAGCUAAUCCCUACAUUAUAGGAAUACCCUUGGUUUUAAAGAAUUCUGGAGAAAAAAAAGACCAAAUGGAUUAACUCUUUCAUUUUGUUCAAACCUUUGACCCUUAAGGAUUUUAUCCUUUUGUUUUGUGUUUUAUGUAUUAACUGUUUGAUGGAUUGGUCAUUGUUCCAGCCUCAAGAAGAACACAAACUUUUAACUGUUUUAUGUAUUUAGACGUUCUUCCUUUCAUUGAGGUCAAUACUUAUCAACCUAUUCGUUCUUAGAACCUUUUGCUCAUUUCCAUUUGAUUUAUAGACGGAGGAAAAGAUUACUAACGAAGGCAGCCAUUGCCUGUAAAGCACAAGCAAUGGAAAAGAAUCAUAAGAAAGGACACAAUAAAAAGGGUUUUAAUCUAAAGAAGCAUAGAAAAGGUGAUCCAAGACCAACCAAUAAAGGAGGGAAUGAUGAGAAGCCUGUUUUGUUCCAGUUGGGGAGCAUUGCUAUGGUCAGUGAUGCUCGUCUCAAGGCAGAUCCAGAGAUCACCAACAGCAUACCUGCAUCUCCUUCCUUGUCUUCAUCAUCUUCCUCAGGGAAUAACAAUGCAAAAGAAAGGAAACUAUCAGAGUUACAAAGCUCAUCAAACACAUUUGGGUCACAAGUCUCUGGUGUGACGCAUGCAUCAUCAGUAGAGCCUGCGCUUCUUUCGUCGCCUUCUGUUCAGUUGAUGGAUAGAGAAGGAUCUGACCAAGUCUCCCAGAGAAACUCUUUACCGAUCUUGGAGAGAAACUUGAGCGCGGUCUCGAAUGAUUCUCUGUUUAGUCUAAGCAUAGGUGAUAACGGGAUAACAAGAGAUGAGUUGUUUAGUUACCGUGACUUCAAGGCUGGAGAGCUUUUGAAAUCUAGUGAGCUGUUGUCUUUCUGCCCUUCUGUCGAUGUUCCUGUUGACUCUUCCGAUAUUGGUAAGAGCUUUGAUUUGGAGGACAAAGCGAGUGAGUUGUUAGAAAGUGACAGUGAUGAUAAGUCGUCAACCUCGGAGGUAUCGUGGAGGAACCUUGGUGAUAACUCAGACGAAGCGCCAAGCAGCACGCAGUCAGUUUCAUCUCCAAUAACAAAAAAGAAGAAGAAGAAAAAGAAGGUGAAGAAAAAGAAUACACAGCAGCAGAAGAAGAGAUGUUCUUGGUUGUGUUGCAAGGACACUGGACCGUGCUUCUCUUGUUGCCAAUGGCCAAAUAGUGAUUACGACCUCUCUUGUUGCAAGCGUCUAAAAUAUUGUUUGUGCUGCUGCGGACUGCCCCAAUGCUGCUUCUCUUCUUGUAGCUGGUUCUUUUGCUGCUGUUCAAGUUCUUCAAAGAAGUUAAUAGAUGAUGAGAUAGCUAUGCAGAAACCACAGAAGGCAGAGUCCAAAACAUCUCAUAAUUGGUUCUGUUGCUUUCCUUGUUGUGCUUCUUAGUUUAGAUUACUACCCACUAUGUUUUUUUUCUGUAGCUAAAGGGAUUAAAAGAAAAUUUAGAUUUUACACAGAUAUAAGUGUUUCUUGCUUAUUAAGACUGAGAACAGUUGUCAAGAAAAGAAGAACAACAAUAUGAUUUUCUUUUUUUUUCAUCAACUCAGAUGAAGCAGGAAAAUAAAUAUUCUUGCUUAUUAAGAACAGCUACCAAAAAAAAGGAAGAAAAUUUCAUAACUAAAUUUUUUGUUGACCUCCUUAAUACUUCAGUUUUUUUUUUUGCUAUACAGUUUAAUAUAUCAACUUAUUUUGUCCAUUUUAAUACACUAACUUUUUAAAAUGUGUUCAAUUUUCAUACUCAUACUAAGCUCAUUUAAUCAAAAUAUUAAUAUUUUCUUUUUCUUUUUCAAAAUUAAAAACAAAUCUUAAACAUAGGAAAAAUAAUGAAAUAUUCUUUAUAUACUAAUAAAGUUAUUUAGCUUUAAACUCCAACGAAUUAUCAAAUAACUUACUAAUAAUAAUCAAAUAACUUGCAACUAAUUUUCAAGUAACAAGUAAUAAAAAAGGUAAGCAAUUUGCAAAUCAAUCAUUUUUAGCAAAUAUUUGAAACAGCAAGUAUUCAUUUUCAAAAAAUCAACUACAAUUCCAAAAUUUUACUAUUCGUACAAACUAAACUGAAUACCAAAUAUACGGAAGAUACUAAAUAUUUGGCUUGAACCAAUCAAAUUAUAAAAUUUUCUUAAGAUUUCAGCAACGGUCACAUGUAAGCAAAAAUUACUUUUUGACUUCUCCAUUAAUAUAUAGUAGGAUAUAUCUAUACUAUAAUAUUACUUUUGUCCUAAACCGAAAAUGGUUAGUGGUUUACCAAGUACAAUCAGAUAAAAUAAAAAACCAGACAAAUUAAAUCAGAAAACCAACGAAAAUCCUAGAUAACCAGAGUGUUACUCUACUUGAAGAAAACAACAAUGGUUCAUUUUAGGUACGGAUGUUCGGUUCGGUUCUUUUGAUUUUUGAUUUUUCGGUUUUAGAGAUAUAGAAACCGUUCAGUUAUUUAUGAAAUUACGUUCGGUUUCGGUUCUAUUAUUUUGGUUUCGGUUCGGUUCAGGUAACAAAUAUAAAAACCGGCUAAUAUCCAAUAAAAUUUUGGUUCCCAGUUCGGUUCCGGGUUUUCGCUUAAUUUUGGAUAAUUUGGAUUAAAAAUACAUAAAUUUUGUUUUUACAGGUCAAAAAUUGGGUAAUUCGGAUAAAUUUUAAUAGUUUAAAUGAAAAUUAUCCGGGUCAGUUCUUUAGAGUAAUUCAAAUCAUUUUAAAUAUUUUAGAUAAAAAUAUUUGGAUAAUCCCUUUUUUCGGGUAGUUUGGUGUAUAAAUAAUGUUUUUAGAAUACUUGUUAAUGUUUAAAUUAAAAUAACUAAUACUUUUAGAUAUAUAAACUGUAUUCGGAUAUGCGGGUACUAUUCUCGGUUCAGUUCCGGUUCGGCUGUCAGUAAAUAUGCUGAGGCCUAGUUCAUUUCAUGUCUUGCUCGACCACAAACUCAUCAAGUGAUACUCGGUGACCUGUGUGUGUCCAGGUCGUAUAGCUUUAUUCAAUUGUCAACAAACAAGUCGCAUAAGUUUCUAAGUUUGUGAAAAGCAAUAUAAAACACUUGAUGAGUUGAGAAAAAAAAACAAUUGGUGACCAGUCAACAUAACAAGGGAUUAAGUUUAUUUUAUGGAAAAAAUGGUUUUAAUCAUAUAUGGAAAUAUAUAAGGUUUGUUUAUUUUUUUAAAAUAUUUGGUGACUAUACUUUUCAUAUUUAGUAAUGAUUAUUCAUAGAUUACAGAUUAUACUCGGUGUAGAAAUAAGAUAAGGGAGUUGAACUUAAAUUCUACACUUCUCUUCUAAAAACUUGAGAUGUUUGUAGAUUAUAUACUCCUAAAAUUUUAGAGCGACAGGUUAAAAGUAAAAUAUGCAUUUAAAAUAAAUUUAGAAAAAAUUGAAAUAUAUAGAGUAUUUAUUCUAAUAAAAGUAGACGAUGUGAUUUUCCCGUGCUCAGGCACGUUUAUUUUUGUUAAUUAUACAUAGGUAUCUUGACUCCACAGAAGUGAUCCAGACUAGUCACAUGUUACUACGUGUCGAUCUCCUUUCCCUGGUGAUACCGAAAUAUUAAUUUUCCAGUGGUCAGAACUCGAACCCUGGUGGCUUCACCGUAUUAGACUUUUUCUCUCAAGUUAAUCACCACCAGACCACAAACCUUAGUUCAUGCACGGUAAUAAACAUUAUUAUGUCUAAAUCUUAAUUAGAUACAUGUGACUUCAAGUAUAAUAUUUGCCAUUAGUUCAAGUAUUCGCUUUUGGUAUAUUGAAUUUAAUCUAUUCUUUUAAAUUGAACAAUAUUUUUUAAUAUUAUGUUAAAAUUGAAUUCUUAUUUUUUAGCUUCCGGUCAUUCAAAAUCCUCUUAUACUUGUAAAUAUUUUGUGAAAUUUUAAAGCUUGAUAUAUGAUGUUUCAGAAAUAAAUAAGGAAAAUCAUAUUAAAUCCGAAUUGCAUUAAUAAACAUAACUUGUACAAUUUUGAAAAUUCAUGCAUAUAUAUAUUAAUAUAAAUAAAAUAAAUAAAUCAUAAUUACUGGUUAUUUCUUAUUUGACUGUUGAUACUUUGAAUGGUUUGGUUAUUCAUACUUUGUAAAGUAUAAAAGUCUAUAUACAUCAAAAGUUUAUAGAUAUGUUUUUGGAUAAAUAUAAAGAAAAAUUUGUUUAUAUAUAUAAUUAUAAGUUUAACAUUUUAUAAAUGUUUAUUUUUAUUAUUUAUGUGCUUUUUCAGAAAAGGAAAUUCAAUUUAAAUACUAAUUAAAGUUUUAUUGAAAAUGAAAUAAAAAUGAUUGUCAGUAAUGGGAAUUAUGUAUAACUUUUGGUUCAUUAAAACUAUCUGUGUAAUUCAAUUUUGUGAAAAUAUGAUAUUAGAUGAUUUGUUUUAAUAUUUUUUCUUUUCAAUCAUUUGAUCAAAACAUAUUCAUAAUUUCAAUCAUUUGAUUAAAACAUAUUCAUAAUAAAAUAUUAUGAUCCUUUAAAAAAGUAUAAUAAUAUUAUCUUUUAACAAAAAAAUUUCUAAAUUUCUUGUCAACUUUUUCUGUGAAGUUAUUUUUGUGAAGUUAUUUUUAUGCAUAUAUAAAAUAUAGAUUAAUAAAAUUUCUAGCUAUUUCCUUUUUACUAAGAUUAUUUUGGGGAAAUAUUAAGAAUAAUAAAAUAUUUUAAAAACAUAUGAUCUUGUAAAAAUAUAUUAUAUAUUAAGUUUUUCGUCUAUAUAUAAAAAUAUAUAUGUUUACGUUUAAAAAAAAAAUCUUUUUUACUAUUUAUGUGCUUUUGUAAAAAGGAAUACAUAAAUGAAAAAGUUUACUAAAAUUUAUUAGGAAAAAAAUAAAAAACGAUUGUAAUUAAUGGCAAUUGAAUAUAAUCUUUUUAGUUCACUAAGGGUACUAAGUAAUUAACUAUCGUGAGAAUUAACGUUUGGGCGAUACAUAUGAAAGUAACUUUUCAGAUAAUAUUAUAAAGAUUGCCUAUCAAAACGUUGAAUUUAAUUUCCACUAAGCCAUUUUGAUAUAAUAUAAAAUUUAUUAUUGGUACAGUAAAAUUUGAAAUUUUUAUUUAGUAAAUUUUUGAACCCAUAAAAAUACUACUAUAUUGGUAUAUAUGUUUUUUGUAUUGUUCCUAUUAUUCGUAUAAAAAAAUUGAGUUUAUAAAAAUAUUAAUUUCAUGAGAUUUCAUUAACAUUGAUUAACAGAAAGGACAAUAAAGGUAAAAAUAGGACAAAAAUGGUGUUAUCCUAUAAAAACAAUCAUACUAAAUAUUUGGUCAAUAUUUCCAAUUUUCCUAAAUUCAUUACCAUGAUUGGAAGAUUCAUAAAGAAAAGAAAUCUAUAUAUUUGUUUACAUGUACAAACACAAACAAGACCAACACUAUAAGUUUUCAACAAAUAACUAGAGUAAAGGUAAAUUGGUUUAUAUUAAAACAAAAGUUAUGGCUACAAAGAAAUUUCCAUCUCUUCUAUUACUUUCCAUGAUGGUGUUUGCUCUCAUCAUUUUUCCCAUUGAUUCGGCCUUUCCAGGACUUUAUUACAAAUGUACGGUGGACGGAUGUACACUUACACCAGCAUGUUCGGUAAAAUGCAAGUCUAUGGGGUUCCUUAGAGGAGGUGAAUGUCGAAUUUAUAGCUAUGGCGGUGCUUGUUGCUGCGAAUGCACUGAUAAAUCAUGUAUAAAUAUUGCAGGAUCUAGUCCUUGUCCGUACUAAUCAUUUGUUCAAUCUAUAUGCACUCUUAAUUAUACAUGAAUAAAAAAACCAUAUAUUGAAAUAAGUUUCAUCUUUAAACGAUCUACAUUGUCUCAUCCAACCAAAAAUUAUCAUCUCUUCUUGUACUAUAUGUACUCUCAAUUCACAACAUCACACGCCAAUGCGCCAUCACAAUCAAAUCCCAACUCGCUAUAUGUAUGAUAUAUGAAAUUUAGAUAUAUAUACAAUCAAGUUGUUUGGUUUCUUCUAUCGUUUACUUGGCCACUCAUAACAAAGCAAAAGCUUGAAACUUAGCUUAUCUGAACUGAAAAAAUCAGUCAAAUGGUUCGUUUGAUUGGUUCAUGUUCUGUUUCGGUUGAGCGGGAUAACCAUCAAGUAUUUUUCGGUUAUUUUCCAAAAUUUUGAGCAUUUAAAAAUAUUUUGCAUAGUUUUCAAAUUUUUUUUUUUGAUAUGAGUUGUUUUCUAUAAAGAAGGGAUAUAUUGGUCUAUAUUGAACCAAAAUAUUUCGGUUUGAUCCAAUUUAUAUGUGGUCCUUUAUAUACAUGCAUAAUGGAUUGUUUGCUAAAUCAAGAUCUAAUCAGCAAACUACUGAUAAAAUAAUUCGAGAAAUAAAAGAUUAUUAUCACCAAAAACACUGAGUAUUGAGUAUUCUUUAUCAAAUAUCCAUGAGAUAUUUUUUUUUAAAUUAUAGUAGAUUGUAAUCACCGCAAAAUAAAAUAACAACUAACAAUAUAUAUCUAGACUAUCAAAUACAUGCAGAUGGUAUAUUUAAACAGAACAUAAGUUUGUAGUUUGUGUAUUUAUAUAAUAAAUCAUAUUAUAUUUCAUUAAUUAGGUGAUAAUCCGCGCUUUGCGCGGAGUGAAAGUUAAAAUAAUUUUUAUUUGUUGUAUUUUGUAUUCAAGUUACAUAUUAUUCAUAUAUAUAUAUAUAUGUAUUGUGUCUCUAUAAUAAUAAAACAGCUUUUCUCAUUUGGAAAACAUAAAAAGAAACUAAUAAAAGUAAAUGAACCACAGAACUGAAAUCUGUAAACAAAUCGAAUAAGGCCCAAAUGGAAAUAUAGGCUGUACUAAUAAAAUUGAUUGCAAUAAUGUUAUUGGGCCUUUUUGUUAGAAAGUUCAGUUUUCCAAGGUUACCAAUUAAUUAAGGCCCGCGCCAGCUCAAGACUUUAUUUGUAUUUGGUCGGUCAAGUGGCAUAAACUGUAAAUCUUCUAGUAACGAAAGGACAUUUUUUCGAGGGGUACGAGUCCGAGAGGCGCUGAGAAGCUGACACGUCAGCUUUGUACCUUAAGUUCAUUUUUUUAAAAUGCUUCUCAAUUAGUAUAUAAGAGAUCGUAAAUGAAAUGUUAUACCGGUAGAAAAACAUAAUUAAUAAAUUAACCAUUUAUCAUAUUCAUAUUCCCUAUAUAUUAGUUGAAAAAUAUUACAACUUAUUUUUGUAACCACAUGUUAUCAUUAUGAUGAUUCUUAGAACCAUUAGAAAAAUAAGUUGGUCCACCUAAUUAUAUAAUAAAUUUUUUAUUAAACUAAUUAUAAAUUUAUUAUUAAUGUUCUGUAUUAUUUGCCCUAAAUAAAAGUUACGGAAUUACCUAAUGUGGCUAAAAUAUAUAAUAAUUAAUGAUUUUAAAUAAUAAAAAUUUGAUAAAAAAAUAGUAUAUCUUCUAUCACACUUUUUAAUUUUAAAUUAUUAAAAUAAAUUAAAAAAUCACACUAACCAUAUGAUAAAAUUUAGAUUUUUCUGUAUCUGUUAUAUUUUGAAUUUUUUAAAAAUAAUUAUAAAUUACUAAAACUGUUAAAAAUCUCACAUUUAAAUUUUAUGAUCCAUUUCUUGUUAUGACAAAAUAAAAAUAAUUACAAAAUUAUAUAAAUAAAAAAUCUAAUUUAAUUAAGUAUUAAAAAGUCCAAUCAGUCCACGAUGCACCAAAAACUGCAGUUGCUAGUACGAACUAUGAAAUUGAAAAUUAUAGAGAUAAUCAAAGGACUGUUCCAACGAUAAACUUGAAUCAAUUUGAGUUUCUAAGCCAUUCAGUAUUUUACUAAUACAUGCACAUCAUCAAAAUCUUUUUAAAAAAAUCAUAAUUGAAAAGGGGAAUCUCAAAACCUAACCUUCAAUUUUGGAGAAAAAAAAACGAGAUAAAAAUCGAACACCUACUGGUUCUUAAUCAGCGAUGAAAGCUUCGCCCACCUUGUGCCAACGCCGAUUUACGCUGUCAGAGAAAACAAGGUCACUUAGAGUACAUAAAAAACAAGGUUAGAAAAAACAAGGGAGGAGGAAAUAGAAAAAUACCACAGAUGAAAGAAGAAAGAGGAAGGAAAGAUGGCACGACAACGUAGAAUUAGCAGGCGAACCAAGACGCACCGGAGAGAACACAUUGAUGGAGAAGCGUUGGGUUUAGAUUUUUUUUUUUAAACUUUAUUUACAUUUAUUAUACCAUAUUAUAACUCUAUUUAAUUAUUAUUUAUGUUAUUACAUUUUAAUUACUUUUAUAAAUCUAAAUAUGAAGGACUAAAGUGGUUUUCCUUAUAGUUUGUACUAAGGGGACAUGGAUUAGUAAAAUCAUUCUGAAUUAUAGGAUAUUAUAAUCGCCACAAAAUAAGGUAACAAAUAAGUUUUUAAACAAAACAUAAGUUUAAAGCUUAUGUGUUUUAGAAUGAAUCUUGUAUAAUGCUUAAUUAAUCAUACGUAUCAUGCUACCGCUAGAACAACAUAAUAAAUUAGGUAUGUAUGAUAUAUAUCUUACUAAACGAUUUGGAUGAAUUGGAAUUAGUCAUGUUCAAGGAGACUGCAUAUCUAAUUCAAGUAUUUUACGGAUGCAUAAUGAUUUGAAAGACCUUAGCCAUUUUUAGAAUUUUCUGCAUGGUAUAAAUAAAUCUAAAGUUAUUAUAUAGACCAUAACAAACUUAUCAAUUAUUUAUUUUUUAAAUAAAUAUUUAGUCAACAAACUAGUGAUAAAAUAAUUCAGGAAUUAUAUUAUUAUUAUCACCGAAAAACGUUGAGAAUUGUUUAUCAAAUAUCCAUGCACGAGAUAUUAUUUUGUAUUUUAUAUUAUAGUAUAUUGUAAUCACCACAAAAUAAUGACUAAUAAUAUAUAUAGAUAUAUAUAGUCUACCAAAUACAUGUAAAUGGUGCAUUUAAACAAAAAGUUUGUGUGUUUAUAGUCGACAAAUUGAUGAUAAAAUAAAAUAAUUCAAGAAUUAAAAUAUUAUUAUCACAAAAAACAUUGAAGAUUAUUUAUAAAAUAUUCACGAAAUAUUCUUUUUUUUUUAAAUAUUAUUUUACAAAGAACUCUCAUCAUCGAGACAACUAGUUCAUUAUCUGCCCACGUUCGAUAACAAAGCAUGCACGUACAAGCUUUUGGCUAUAAAAACUCCCAGAAACCAACGAUACUUCGGACCCUAAGAAAAAGAGCUCAAUUAAAUAAAUAAAGAGAAAUAUGAUGAAGUCGAUGAUUUGUCUCUCUCUCGUCCUACUCCCAUUGAUCACCGUCGUGGACGGUGGCUGGUCUUCUAUUCUCAACCCUCCUGCCAAUUAAGUUUCCGGUCAAUGCAUUGGACCCCAAGAUCGUUGAGAUCGCCAAGUUUGCGGUCUCGGAGCAUAACAAGGAGUCGAAGGCGAAUCUUGUACGAGAAGGUCGUCAGAGGAACCUGGGAUUGGACGUCGCUUCGGCAUAGCGGCAUAAAGUACAAUCUGAUCAUAUCUGCCAAGGAUGAAGUCGAUGGUAUGAGUAAAACUUAUGAGGCCAUCGUGAUGAGGUAUUCAAAAUUUACGGCUUGGAAUGAACUCAAGUCUUUCAAGGCCGUCGUCGUGUAAGAUGUUUUGGAUUGUGUAAUUUGGUCUCCCGUAAGUCUACGCCACCCUUCCAUGAUCCUUGAUAAUGAUUAUUAUGUUAUGUGUGCUGUUUCGAUAAAUAAGAAAUGUGUUAUGUGUGUUGUUUCUUUAUUUCUAUUGUACAAAAAUAAAAUAAGAGAUAUAUGUGUCUGUUGUUUGUUUCUGUAAUAUAAAUAAAAUAAGUGUGUUGUUAUGUGUGUUGUUUCUAAAGUCUCAAGGACGAUCCGAGAUCACAAACAGCAGACCUGCAUCUCCGUCGUUAUCUCCAUCAUCCUCAGGGAAUAACAAUGCAAAAGAAAGGAAACUAUCCGAGUUACAAAGUUCAUCAGACACACUAGCUAGGGUCACAAGUCUCUGGUGCGACUCAUGAUGAAUCAGUGGAGCCUGCGCUUCUUCUUUUGUCGGGAGGUUUCAAGGGGACCAACAUUUUCACGCUGAGAUCUCGUCUCUUGAAACGGUUAGGCAUCCGAAUCUCAUCAUGUUAAUCGGUUACCACGCUAGCGAGAAAGAGAUGUUCCUUAUCUACAACUACUUAUCCGGAGGGAACCUUGAAGACUUCAUCAAAGAAAGAUCGAAGCCUGCUCUUGAGUGGAAGAUCCUUCACAAGAUUGCUCUCGAUGUAGCGGAUGCUCUCGCCUAUCUUCACGAGCAGUGUUCACCCAAAGUCUUGCACAGAGACAUCAAACCGAGCAACAUACUCUUGGACAAUAACUACAACGCCUAUCUAUCUGACUUUGGCCUCUCAAAGCUCUUGAGGACUUCACGGUCUCAUGUCACAACAGGGGUGGCUGUAACAUUCGGCUAUGUUGCUCCGUAAUACGCAAUGACUUGCCGUGUCUCGGAGAAAGCAGAUGUUUACAGUUAUGGUAUUGUCAUCUUGGAGUUGAUAUCGGAUAAGCGAACUCUUAAUCCUUCUUUCUCAUCUCACGACAAUGGAUUCAACAUUGUCUCGUCAAGUCAAAGCUAAGGAUGUUUUCACAAAGGGACUAUGGGAGACUGAUCCCCUGGAUGAUCUGGUCGAGGUUCUGCAUUUAGCACCCAAAUGCACGGUCGAUAGCCUCUCGAUAAGGCCAACGAUGAAACAAGGUGUAAAACAACUGAAACGAAUCCAGCCUUCUAGAUUGUGAUCAAGGAGAUUUGUUAUUAGAGGAUUUGUACAGCAGCAAGCAAACAAGUGCGUAGCCAUUCGAAGCUUUUUUAGCUUUUUGUUUUUAUUUUUCAAAUCUGUUUCCUAUUUUGAGAGUAGUAGGGUUUUUAUUUGUGUACUCAACACCAUAUGCAUCAUUAAUGUUACUCUCUUAAAAGUUAAAACUGAUAACAAUGUUUUGUUUCUGCUUCUCUGUAUAAAGUAAAAAUACAAAUAUAAAAUUGAAAAAAAUACCAGAAUCAGACAGCAUAUAUAUGUUGUCUGAACUAAAACUCUUGAGCAUCUUCUUCUCUAAAAUCUGGCCUUAAAAAUAAAGGGGAUCAAAUGAAGAGAGGGGGUUUCUAAAAGAGAUUAGAAAGAGAAGAAGUGUCGACAAUAAUAUGCCUAAGAGGAUGAUCAACAUGAGGACCACCAGCAUGUUUAACGAAGUCAGCAGGAGACAAGAUAUCACAAUGGCAGGCACACAUGAUCUUCACUUCUUCUCCAUUACCGUAUCGAUAAAGAAUCCCAUCAACUCUCUUCCCGUUAGGUCCAUCUCCCCUGGUGAACACACAUGGCAUCUCAUUUUUCCCGUUCCCUAGUGGUGGUGGCUCUAUCCUCAUGUCCACUGAACUCAAUCUUCUUAGCCCAUUAUCUGGCAUUGCCAUUGCUUCCUGUUGAUGUUGUUGCUGUGGCAACGAACAGUAUACCUUGACGAGAUUUGGUUUCCAUCUCGGAAACACUUGAAGAACUUCCACGAGAGACUUGCAGCGAAUCAUGAGCAGCACUGUGUUGUCGUAAAAGUCCACCAUCGUUAGCCGUCCCUGACCACCGUGGCAGUACCAACCGCGGCCUACCUCGCCGCCUCGUAGGGGUGGAACCUUCUCCCAGAACACUAUCAUUAUUAGCUUCGGGUGGUUUGAUGAUGUUCCCUCCGCCGCUGCCUCUGGCACGAAGCUUCUCGCUUCUCCUUCUCUUGGCCUCCAUUCUCCUUAAACUCUCCAUCUCCUUCCUCCUCCGCCACUCUUCCUCCGUCUCCACCGGCAACGACGUCGCUCUCGUCAAAGCCAUAUGUCCCGCCACGGAUGUCUCGACAGGCCUCAUCUCUGUCUCUGGCUGAUGAUUCUCCCGGAAAAAAGGCAUCGUGGGGCCCACGACAGAGGAAGAUCUCGCGAGCUUGCUUUUGUCAACUCCGAACCUCCCGCCAAGAGAUAAACUAAGAUCCAACUCAAUCUCCUCAUCUUCUUCUUCUUCACCAUCUACAACUUUAGCUGAGAUAGGGGGAAAUCUCUGAAGCAGAUCUCUUGGGAACAUACUUCUACUCAUUUAUCUAGUUCUCUCGUUUGCUUCAGACAUGAAGAAGAGAACACUGUACUGAGAGAUGAUGUAACAGUGAUCCGAGUUAAAUAAGAUUAGAUUUUGAUCCCACCCA